AUGGCGCUCGCAUCAGCGCCAUCUACGCCAGAGAGAGCGACUCCCCCGCCGUUUAUCCGCCGCUCCUUUACUGCACCAAUUCGGUCCUCUAGGUCAAUCCCACUCCCGGAGGAGACAGUUGACGGAGCUGAAACAUUAUACGCACAUGGCGCUGGAAGAAUUGUUUCAUUCAACAACCCAACAAGCUUGGCUCGAAGGCAUUCGAGUAUCAGCAACGGACGGGCUGAGCUCCAAGAGGAACCUGUCGGGACAUUGCCAUGGUUCUCUACCACUGAGAGAACCUUGGCCGCUGGGCCCCUACGGAUCUACAGAGUUCUGGGUACGGCCUUCCUCAACUCUGGCACCACGCUGCAGCCUCUACUAUCAAAAUCGCAGUGUUGGUGCGUGGACGGCGAAUCUAAAUUCGUGCUCCGAAUCCGUCCGAACGCUUACUAUCGUAUCGAACUGCCACGAGCAGGCUCUGAAGAUAAGAAGAAGGUGGAUGACUUCAAAAAUGUCCUGACAAAAGUACUACAAUAUGAAGCCACUCCAUGUCCUUUCAAGAGGGGUUUCACCAUCGACCUACCACAGCCUUCAAAAACACCCAUCCAGAAGCGACCAUGGAGACCUAAGCCCCGACUUGAUACCAUGUCAGAAAAAGUACCUGAAGUGAUAGAAGACUUAGGCGAGUUUUCGAUAAAUGAUACGUUCACCCGGAGCCCAGACGCUGGAAAGGGCGAGCUAGUCGAGCCUGAUAUUGAGACACAUCGCGAGACAGAAGCAAGCUUCCAAGUCGUACAUUCGGACGUCAGUAGUACUGGGAGCACGGAAAACGAAGGUGGCAGUGAGGCUACCGACGCUAUAAGCUUUGACCCCAAAGAUUUGCACGAAAAUGUCUACGAAGAACCCGACGACUUCAAGACCCCCACUCGGCCCAAGGGUCUGCGGACCGGGCGAGCCAUCACCGCACCACCACAGUUGACCAUCAGGACCUCGCCACCAUCUAACAAGGAAGCAGAGUCUCUCGCCUUACCCAAUGUCAAGAGAGAGUCGUCUAGUCUCUCUUCGAGCGUGGACUCCUUCCAUUCUUUUCACAGCCCAAUAUCUCCUCUGGCGCCUUCACCUCCCUUUCCUACAUCUCCGCGAGAGGAAUACGCCGGCAUCGACAUACCGGAAAUCCGCAACCACAAACGUGAUGUAUAUGAGAUCACCGUCACAGCCUCGUCUCCUGAGCUUUGGGACAUGAGUGACGCAAAGCCCGAGGACGGAAGUACAUAUCACUCACCGCCUGAUCUCCCAGGGACGCCGCCAUUGGUAAGCGAUGCUGCAUCACAAGAUGAUGACCAUUGGCCCGAGCCUACGACACCUUCACCUCAUACCAAGCUUCGCCGUCAUGGUAUCAGACGAAAGAGACGAGGUCAAUCACCACUCCCACCGUCUUCAAAUCUGUACUCUCCUUACUCACCUCGUUCACAUAUGUCAGGUCACCAUAUGACCACAGCAAUUCUUCAAAAAACGUGCUCGCUGUUGUUGGGACCACCUAUUCAGCUGGUCGCCCUUAUGAUGAGGAUCGCUGCUAAGAUAGCUCGAGGUGCUUCCCGAGGCACUUCAUUUGGCUUUGGUGACGGCGGACAGAAGAUACCGUGCUCUUGGGACUUCAGUGAUGCUAGCGAUGGAGCUGAUGAAACCUGGGAAGAGGACGACUAUGGUGUUUCCCUCCGCAAGAACUUAUCAUCGAAAGAUAGCAGAGCUAGCGAGAUGGGCGGAUCUUGGGAGAUUGACUGA